CGAAUUAGUAUUUCCUCAAAUAAGUCUCGGGCAAAAGUGUGGUCAGUGAAGCGACUCGAUUUUUGGAAGAUCCCAUCGAAACCUGGUAAAGAAGUGCAUCUCAUGGUCAAAGAUUCCGUAAAGGAUCAGUUGAUUGAGUCAAUCUUGAGAAAUAAUAUAUCUCAUGUAGUAAUGAUUGAAGAUGUUGAAAAAAAAAUUUCGGAACAGAAAGCAGCUUCAGCAAAAAUGAAAGGAUAUAAUUGGCUAAAUGAUAGUCCUGAAGAUGGUAUUAAAUUCAAUCUCGGUCAUUAUCAUUCAUUUGCCUCGAUGGUCAAUUAUUUGAAUAGCCUUGCAAUAAAUCAUCGUGAAAUCGUCCAAGUCAUGUCAAUCGGUACGACCCAUGAAGGCAGACAAAUUCCACUUAUCAAGAUUGGUUACCCAAGCAUAACAAAUAAGCCAGCAAUAUGGAUAGAUGGCGGUAUACACGCACGUGAAUGGGUCGCUCCAGCAUCCGUACUCUAUAUGAUAAAUCAACUUGUGCUCAAUUACAAUAAGGAUCCACAAAUUUACGAGCUUGUGAAUUCACUAGAUUGGUAUAUCGUGCCAUUGCUAAAUCCAGAUGGAUAUGAGUAUAGUAGAAGCAGCACUAAUCCUGAAAUCAGGCUAUGGCGCAAAAAUCGUUCCCCUGUUGCUUGUAAUCAAAUUCAUCGAUCUGUAUUUGCAACAGCUCGCUCGCAGUGUUGCCAAGGAGUCGAUUUGAAUCGAAAUUUUGACUGGCAUUUUGGAGUUGAAGGAUCAUCGACUGAUCCAUGCUCUGAAAUUUACCAGGGCUCAUAUGCAUUUAGUGAACCUGAAACACGAGCAGUUCGAGAUUUUAUUGCUGUGCAUCGAGAUCAGAUCAAAGCAUUUUUAACAUUCCACAGUUAUUCGCAGAUCCUAAUGUAUCCAUUUGGACAUCAAGUUCGGACUUAUUCGAAUGACGUCGAUGAGUUGAAAAAUACUGCUGUACAGGCUGCUAAUGCUCUUGGCUCUUUAUAUGGAACGGUUUAUAUGGUUGGAACUGGUGCAGAUACGCUUUAUCCAGCUUCUGGAGGUUCAGAAGAUUGGGCAAAAGGAAGAAUUGGUAUCAAAUAUUCGUAUCUUUUUGAAUUAAGACCAGAAGAAAAAGUUUAUGAUGGCUUCCUGCUUGCUGAGAAUCAGAUCAUUCCAACAGCAAGAGAAACAUUUGAAGCAGUUAAAGUGAUCGCUAGGAAAACUCUCAGGUUAUCAAGUCAACAGGCUAUUCAUACAAGAGCAAAAUCUACCAGGGUAUCUUCUUUUAUAUUUUAA